AUGCCACUCAUUAUCGUUCCAUUGGGAGCUCUCCAGUACUUAACGAUCACCAGGCCUGACAUUUCGUAUGCUGUCAACCAAGUCAGUCAAUUUUUGCAUGCCCUGACCAUUGCUCAUUACCAGGAGGUUAAAAGAAUUCUUCGUUAUCUUAAAGGCACUUUAGCUUUUGGCCUUCACUACAGUCAUCCGGCACACACAUCACUGCUUGGAUACCCUGACACUGAUUGGGCUAGAUGUUUAGAAACACGUCGUUCAACUUAUGGAUACUCUAUAUUUUUGGGCGGCAACUUAAUCUCGUCGAGUGCUAAAAAGCAACCAACUGUUGGGCGGUCAAGUUGUGAAUCUGAAUAUAGGGCCAUGGCCAACACUGCUGCCGAAAUAGUUUGGAUAACCCAUCUUCUUCAUGAACUUCAUGCUAUUCCUGCGGAUCGUCCAACCAUAUUAUGUGACAAUCAAAGUGCCUUGUUUCUCACUCAAAAUCCAAUUUCUCAUAAACGUGCCAAACACAUUGAUCUUGAUUACCACUUUUUAAGGGAGCUAGUUGCUUCCAGGAAGUUAGUUACAAAAUUUGGUCCACCACCGUUUCGCUUAAGGGAGGAUAUUAGCUAA